AGCCGGGAAUGGAGCGUUCAGUUUAUUUCGUCGCUUUAUAGAAACGGGUACAUACUUCGAGCAGAAAACGUGUCCCCGGAAUUAUUUUACACCGGAAGAUGAUCCGUCGCAAGAGGAGGAAACGGGAUCCUCUUUUGAAAUAAAAGAAGACUCCUCGCCACAAGCUUUCGAGAUGAAGGGUGUAUUUUUAUGGCUAGCAAUAUUUCUAGCCAUAUCACUCUUCGUAGAUGCAGUUCCUGGCAGAUAUUCAUCUUCGAAACCUUCAAAUUUACCACCUUCGAUGAAUCAGGACAAUUCUGAAGAAAAAAAUACGAGACCGAAUAUUGUAAUGAUUUUGGCUGAUGACAUGGGAUGGAAUGAUGUGAGUUUCCAUGGUUCUAAUCAAAUACCAACUCCGAAUAUUGAUGCUCUUGCCUACAAUGGGGUUAUCUUAAAUAAUCACUAUGUUGCCCCAUUGUGUACACCAAGCAGAGCUGCCCUUUUAACGGGAAAAUAUCCAAUUCAUACGGGAAUGCAACAUCUUGUUCUCUUCGAACCAGAACCCAGAGGACUUCCUCUUAGCGAAAAAUUACUUCCUGAGUAUUUAAGAGAAGCUGGAUAUAAAACUCGCGCCAUUGGUAAAUGGCACCUAGGAUAUCAUCGCCAGGAAUAUACACCAACUUUUAGAGGAUUUGAUUCGCAUUUUGGAUACUGGAAUGGUCUUCAGGAUUAUUAUUCUCACAUCGUCCAAUCAACAAUAGAGAAAUAUCGAGGCUUUGAUAUGAGGAGAAAUAUGAGUGUGGCUUGGGACACCGCAGGAAAAUAUUCAACGGAUCUAUUUACAGAAGAAGCGAUUCGAUUAAUUGAUGAGCAUGAUCAGAGAAAUCCGAUGUUCAUGUACUUGGCUCAUUUAGCACCUCAUACUGGCAAUCAAGAUGCUCCUUUCCAAGCUCCGGAUGAGGAAAUUGCAAAGUUUGCACAUAUUCAGGAUCCAGAACGAAGAAUUUACGCAGCAAUGGUUUCAAAAUUGGAUCAAGGUGUUGGAGACGUUGUUGCUGCAUUGCGAAGACGCGACAUGCUUCAAAACAGUAUAAUCAUUUUUAUGUCCGAUAAUGGAGCUCCGACAAUGGGAAUUCACAGCAAUCGGGGUAGUAAUUUUCCUCUGCGUGGGAUAAAAGAAACUCCUUGGGAAGGGGCAGUCCGAGGAGUUGCAGCAAUUUGGAGUCCCUUAAUCCUACAUCCAAAAAGAGUUUCCAAUCACCUGAUGCACAUCGCCGAUUGGCUCCCCACUUUAUACUCCGCCGCAGGACUGAAUCCAAAAAAUUUGGGAAACAUUGACGGCUUAGAUCUCUGGUCGACUCUAGUCUCAGAAAAAAAUAAUCCUCGAUCCGAAGUUCUGAUCAACAUCGACGAGAUUGAAAAUUACGCAGCGAUUCGUCGAGGUGACUUCAAAUAUAUCAUUGGUUCCACCAAAAAUGGAGAAUUCUGGUACGGAGAAACUGGAAGGCCUGAUCAAGAAGAAGUUGAAGGCAUUUCUCCAGAAUAUCGACCCCAGGAAGCUCUUAUGAGCAAAGCAGGAAUUGCAAUUUCCGGAUUGAUCACUUCUGAACAGGUCAAGGAAAUCCGAGCCUUUCGGGAAAGCAAAACUCCAGACUGGAAGCCAAAAGUCAAGAUGUUGACUUCUGAAGAUAUUCUUAGACUGAGAAGAGAUGCUGAACUAAAAUGCAACAUAAAAAAAGAAGAUGAGGUUGCUUGCAAUCCUCUCGAAUCUCCUUGCCUCUUCAACAUCAAGGAAGAUCCCUGCGAAAGGAGGAACCUCGCCCAAACUCGGCCAGUGAUUCUAGGAACUUUAGAACAAGCUCUUCUAAAAUUCAGAAUCACUACAAUUCCAGCUAGCAACAUCGAAAACGAUCCAAAUUCCAAUCCAAUCAAUUGGAACGGAAUCUGGGUCAACUGGAAGGACCCAAAUCCAAUGAAGUUCUCUCAACUCCAGGAUGAAGUUUUAUCGCCCAAACUUCCAGGUUCAAUAAUCGCUCUUAUCGCCGUAAUUCUUGGUCUUAUAAUUGUCGCAAUUUUUACUCUGAUUGGUCUCAAGUGUGCAAAGAAAAAAUCCCAAAAAACAGAUUUUAUUCCAGAAGAUGAUAACUUUCAGGGAACUGAAGAGAGAAUUCCACGUCCUGAGGAUCCUUUAGAAGAGAGAAGGAUUUCUCAACUUUCGAAGGAAUUGUCGAAUUUUAAGGGAAUUAGUUCCUUGAAAGACGUGGCAAGAAAUGUCGAUUGACAAAAAAGAAGGUACUCGAGGUCUUGUGUUUAUACCAGUAUCAAAAUUUGCUAUGUUUCUUACAAAAGUAGCCAAAAACGCUAGACUCCGUUCCCUUCUCAAAAUGCCGAGAGAAGGGAACGGAGAAAAGGAAAACAGAUUUUUUUAUUUAACAAGGGGAAUAUACGCUUUUCGGAUUUUCUUAUUCAUACUCCUUCCAGCCAUUCUUGAAAAAAAAACCCUUUAUAAAAUGCAUGCAGCGUGAUGCGCAUGUUUGCAACCGAAAGUUCGGGGUUCGAUUCCUGCUGCAGGCAUUUUUCGCUCACUUUUUUUUGCAAUUUAUUAUUAAAUUUAUUUAAAUCAAAUCAAAUUCUUAAUUUUUAACCAUUUUAUUCAUAGAAAAAUUGGGGUUUCAACCUUUACCAUUUUUAUUACACAAAAUUUUGUAUAUAAAAUUCGAAUUUUUCUUUAUUCAGUUCAAUAUUUAUAUUUUGGUUAUUAUUAUUUUCAUAUCAGAAAGAAAAAAAUAUAUAUUUUGAAAUACUGUCGAAAAAGAUUCUAGAAAGUUUUCAAGAUUUUCUUUUUAUGUAACAGGAUAUUACAAAUCAUUAGCAAAAUUAUGUGUCUGGUUCAAAGAUAUUGAGGUCUCUUAGAAGUUCCGAAGAAAUUUAAAUUAAAUUGUUUUUAAUUUUGCAAAAUUAAAAAAUGACUAAAUAUUAAUUUUUCAUUUUCAUUCAAACUUUUCGAAAUUUAGAAAAAUAAAU